AUGCAUUAUGAUUCGCAUCGACGGGUGCAGGCUCUCGGACGCAAAUGCAGCGUUUUGAUUGAAGGCACAACGGUGCGGUGGCACGACAGCAAGCCAACACCAGCCGCCUGCGCCCUGUCAGGAUCGAGCUGGGCGACACGAAGCAAGCAACGCGAUAAAGAGCAGCGGCAGGGGCCAGGGCAGAAUCUGCAGCUAACCGUGGUCGGCUCGUGCGUUCGACGGCGUCGACGUCCAGAGGCGCUGUUGGAUGGGGAGGGAACGCCGGGGGAGUAUCUUGAGGGCGUAGAGAGAGAGAGAGAGAGGAGGGGAGAGGAGGGCAGGGUGGACAACGAACGAGGCGCAAAAGCAGCGUCCCAGCGUCCCAGCCUGGCUCUCCAACCAAGGCGUCGAGACGGUGGCGGCGUCGGCCCAAGGCCGCCAGAAGCCGCGGCCGCAGAGUCGUCGCAAGUACCUCUACUGUUGCAAGAGGCGUGGUGGUAG